GGUAUCCGAAUCCCGAAUAUUCACGUGUGUUGCCUCAACAAAAUGUGAUGCCAAAAUUAUACGUUUUCUCUAAACAAAGCUCGACGUUCUCCAAUAGAAAAGCCCUUCCUUCCUUUAUUUUUUUGAUUUCAAUAAAACACACACAGAAAAAAACAUUGUACGAACAUCAAUUACCACCAACAAAAGCCAACAUGCCUUCUUUGUUUGGUAUUGUCAUUCCUAAGAGCUUGAUGCUCUUAUUUGCUUACACCAUCCUACUUGCUCCGCUCCUUGGUUUCACAAGUGCCGAAGUCACUCAUAAUCCAGCAGCUCUCCCCGCCGAUCAACUUGUUUCUCAAGCUGCUCAGAUUAAGGUUGAUAAUUUUACACAAGCAAUCAACUCACCUAUCCAUCACCAACACCAGCACCACCACAAUGAGAACCGUCACAACCAUGCCUUCAACAUCAGUGCGCGUAACGAUCCAGCCCUCUAUGCUGCGCGAGUUAUAAAGGGCAGACAACUGUAUUGCACCAUGAUGGACAGUCUUGCUCUCACAACUCAGAAAAAUGGCGGAGUAUCUCAAGAAGCUUUGAUCAACGAUCCUGGAAACCUUUACACAGAGGGAUUUAGGACUUAUGUCUUGAAAGCAGACGAUGAGCAUGGACCUGUCUUUGGAGAAGCAUUGGAUGAACCACUGAAUUUCCUUGGAUCAGAUGUUUGGGAGUCAGAUGAGCCUAUGCCAGUCUUGGUUCGUGAAGCGCACACUGCGAAAGGAUUCUCUCAAAUCGACACACUUGAUCCAGAAAUAUGGCAUGAUAGUUCUCGCCUUGUAGAACCAACAGGAGCGGAGUGGGAAACUUUGAUCAACUGUGAUCCUGGUCUUCUUGUAGCAGACAGAAACGUGAGUCCAGCCUCACUGGGUUUCAACAAGAAUGCCAAUGAUGUCCCCCGGAUAUGGAGUUGGUCUGAUGCAGUUUUCCUAUACUACAAGAGAGUCUGCGGUACUUCUGCUGUCAAAAAUCUAGAAUGGAUUAUCCGAGCAGGAAUUGUCAACAUAGACACCAACACAAUGGUCAAGAUGGCGUUGAGAGCAAGUGGACAUGGUACUAUACCACUCUGGGGAGAUAGGAUAACUAUCCACCCAACUGACGAUCCUUUCUUUGCUAUUCUUGGAAGCAAGAACGGUGCUGGUAUCGGCUAUCUACUCAAUACUCACAAGGAUAUAAUAACUGGUCUGGGUGUCAAGAAGGUUAACAGCAUAACCAUUUGGACGUACGGAGAUGAGGCUCUUGAUGUCAGCAGUACAACUACGGAUGACUUUCCUGACCACACACUUUGUUUACUCUUUGAGAUCGUCCCUGUUACUUCACCAAAUCAGAUCCCCCCACCAACUGUUUGAGAGAAACAAGCAAUGAAGCAUUCAGAGCAUUGAAACCUUCAUGUUAUGGAGGAAAUAAUGUUCAAAAAGGUUGCUUAGUUAGACUGCAAGGAUGGAGUUCAUCAGGAACAUCUAUCAGAUAGGAAAGCUCUAGACAAAAUUAAUUUAAUGACACAAGAACAUACA